GAUCACGCCAAUUACACCAACCAACGACACAAACACAACCAAACCAAAAAGCGAGGCUUCCUCUCUCUCUCCCCUCCCCUCACUCACUCAUUUCCCCCGAUUGUUCAAUUCCAAUCUUUUUUUUUUUUUUUUAACUCCGAUGAAGUCCUCCAGAAACUGCUGCUAUUUAUCUCGAUUAUCCCUGUUUCCCCGUCAUAUGGAACAGCGUGGUCAGGGAUUCUAGGGUUUUUAAGGAAUCUUUCGUUUUGCGUCCCCCCCCCCCCCCCCCCCCCCCCCCCCCUCUUCCCCUUUCUUUUCUUUCUUGGUUUAUGAAUCUUUGAGAUUCCUCCGAAAUGUUCACGCCGACGCCGCAGAGGAAGGCGUGGCCGGCUGUUACGGUUGCGCCCAGGAGUACUUCAGCUGGAAAGGGCAAGGCAGUGGCGUUUGUUGAAGUCCCGGAGCAGCCACCGCCGCCUCAACAUUCGCUGAGCGGCAAAGGCUCGGCGGGGUUGGAUACUGGGGAUAUGGAUGACUGGAAACGGUUUAGGGAGGCGGGGUUGUUGGACGAGGCGGCGAUGGAGAGGAAGGACCGCGAGGCGCUUUUGGAUAAGAUCACGAAGCUUCAGAACGAGCUUUAUGACUACCAGUACAACAUGGGGCUUCUCUUAAUUGAGAAGAGGGACUGGACUAUGAAGUAUGAAGAACUGGGGCAAGCUCUGUCUGAAACGCAGGAGAUCCUCAAACGUGAGCAGUCGGCACAUUUAAUUGCUUUAUCUGAAGUUGAGAAGCGUGAAGAGAAUUUGAAGAAAGUAUUGAUUGCUGAGAAGCAGCGCGUGAUAGAUCUUGGAAAGGAUAUACGUGAGGUUCAAGAGGAGCGCAACCAAAUCAAGCUUAAAUCUGAGGCAAAGUUGGCUAAUGUGGACACUUUGCUUGUUGGAACUGAAGAGAAAUCAUUGGAGGUAGAGGAAAAGUUGCAUGUUGCUGAAGCCAAGCUUGCUGUGGUAAACAGAAAGAGCUCAGAAUUGGAGAUGAGAUUGCAAAAUGUGGAGGGUCGUGAAAGUGUUCUUCGAAGGGAGCAUCUAUCCUUAAUGGCUGAGCAAGAAGCACAUAAAGAAAUUUUUUAUAAGCAAAGGGAAGACUUGCGAGAGUGGGAGAGGAAACUGCAGGAAGGGGAGGAGAGGCUACUCAAGAGUAGAAGAAUCUUUAAUGAAAGAGAGCAGACAGCAAAUGAACUUGAUGCAACUCUUAAGCAGAAAGAGAGGGACCUCAAAGAGGCUCAAAAGAAGAUCGAUUUAUGCAACUCAACAUUAAAAGAGAAGGAGGAUGAUAUCAAUAUAAGACUAGAAGAAGUAAUUGUAAAAGAGAAAAAGGCCGACUCUCAGAGAAGCUUCCUUGAGAUGAAGGAGAAGGAAUUACUUGUGCUGGAAGAGAAGCUUAAGGCUAGAGAGAGAGUGGAAAUUCAGAAGCUUCUUGAUGAGCAAAGGGCAAAUCUGGAUACAAAAUCGCAGUGGUUUGAGCUGGAACUAGAAGAGAAAAGGAAAUCCUUUAACGAGGAACAUAGAAGCAAGUUAGAUGAGGUUGAGCAGAAGAAGGCCAAAAUCAACCAUGAGAAAGAAAAGUUGAUAAAACAAGAACAGCUUAUGGAUAAGAGGGAGGAGAGAAUGAAUGAGAAAGAGAAGGACAUUGAAAUGAAAAUGAAAUCUUUUAGAGAUAUGGAAAAUGCCAUUAAAGCCGAUGAUAAAAGGUUGGAGGUGGAAAAACAGCAAAUACUUGCUGAUCAAGAGAGUCUGCAAAAUCUCAGAGAUGAGAUUGAGAAGAUAAGGGAUGAAAUUACUCAGCAGAAGCGACAACUCCAUGAAGAGAGUGAGAAACUGAGGAUAAGUAAGAGGGAGAGGUCAGAGCACAUCCGUCUACAGUCACAAUUGAAGCAGGAAAUAGAGAAUUACAGACUUCAGCAGGAAUUGCUUAUGAAGGAAGGUGAAGAUUUGAAACUUGAAAGGGAGAAGUUUGAGAAAGAGUGGGAAUUGUUGGAUGAGAAAAGAGCUGAAAUUAGUAGGGAGCUAAGGCAAACUGCUGAAGAGAGAGAAAAAUUGGAGAAAUUACAGCACUCUGAAGAAGGUAGGCUGGAAAAAGAGAGACAUGUGGUGCAGGAUGAAAUAAAGACGAAGUUGGAAGCUCUUCAACAGGAGAAAGCAUCAUUUGCAUCCUUAAUGAGGCAUGAAAAUUUAGCUUUAUCUGAGAAAGCUCAGAAUGAGCACAGUCAAAGGCUUCAAGAGUUUGAAUUGCGGAGAAGGGAUCUUGAGAAUGAUAUUCGGAAUAGACGUGAAGAAAUGGAGAAGCACCUGCAGGAAAGAGAAACAGCAUUUGAGGAGGAGAGAGAAAGAGAGCGUAAUAAUAUUAGUCAUUUGAAUGAAGUUGCUGAGAAGCAAUGGGAAGAGGUGAAAUCUGAGAGGCAUAGGAUACAGAAGGAAACAGAAGAGCUUAAAAUGAACCAGAAGCAACUGGAAGUAAACCAACUUGAAAUGCGUAAAGAUAUCGAUGAGCUUGGUGAUUUAAGCAGGAAGCUCAAGGUGCAGCGGGAACAGUUUAUUAAGGAAAGAAGUCUAUUCCUUGCAUUUGUUGAGAAGCUGAAGAGUUGCAAAAUUUGUGGGGAAAUCACAAAGGAGUAUGUUUUCUCUGACCUCCAAGUACCUGAUAUGGAAGAUAGGGAGGUUAUUUCUCUGCCAAGGCUGGGUGAUGAAAUUUUGAAGAGCUCUCAAGGCAACCUAGCUGCUACUGAUCUUGGAUUUUCAGACUCGGGGGGGCACCUAUCGUGGAUCCGAAAAUGCACCUCAAAGAUUUUUAAGAUAUCCCCAGGUAAAAAGAGUGAGCAUGUUACUGCUCCAGUUUUGACCGAGUCAUCCCCAUCAUCACCUAUUCUGCUAAAUGUAGAACAACAUAAAAGGGAGCCUGCUAUGCUUGGCAAAGGAGCCAAAGGGUAUGCUAUUUCUGAGGAUGAGCCACAGCCAUCUCUUGGGAUGGCUGCCAAUACUUAUGAUGUUCAGCAGCUCCAAUCUGAUAGCAUCAUUGGGGAGGUGGAUAAUGUGUGUGCUCCAUCUGCUGAUGAUCAUAGCCACAUGGAUAGUAAGGUAGAAAAAGUUCCCGACGAUUCCCUGCAAUCAGAACCGAGGGUUGUUCGGCGGAAGCCUGGGGGAAAACGCAAGUCAGGAGUGCAUAGGACACACUCCGUGAAGGCGGUUGUUGAAGAUGCAAAGGUUUUUCUCAAGGAAACCCCUGAGAAAACAAAACAGAACCAUACCGAUGAGGAAAGCAAGGGUGAUUCCAGUCAUACUGAGACUGUAGUUAGUAAAAAUGCAAGGAAGAGACAACAUGCACAAACCUCAAGGAUAACAGAGAGUGAGCAAGAUUUUGGGAAUAGUGAAGAGCAUUCUGAAAGUGUCACAGCUGGUGGACGCAGAAAGAGGCGGCAAACUGCUGUUUCAAUCGUGCAAACUCCAGUAGAGAAGCGAUACAAUCUCAGGCGUCAUAAGAUUGCAGGUACACUCCCAGCUCAAGACCCCCCAGCUGACCUGACAAUGACAAAGGAGAAAGAAACUGAUGGUGGUGAUGCGGUGGAAAUAGAACCAAUUCCUGAAGCUGUUUAUGCACCAUCAGUGGGUGUUGCUGGCAAGAAUGGCCAACUUACACAAUUAGUGCACGUUACGACAGUAAAAAGUAUGGAGAUCUCUGAAGAUAGAGUUGUUAGGUUCAAAACACCAGAGAUUGUUAAUGAUGAUGCUGAUGUGGCAAAGUUAGCUGAAGAAACCCAUUUGAGUGAGGAAGUAAAUGGUACACCAGAUUUUGGCAAUGAAGACGAGAGUGGGAGCACAAUCCAUGAGGCUGAAGAUGACUAUGAUGAUGAGUCGGAGCGUCCAGGUGAAAUAUCAAUAGGAAAGAAGAUAUGGACUUUCUUCACAACAUGAUGAUGCAAUUUUUUCUUCAGUUCACUUUAGGAGCUUCUCACCCUCCCCCUCUCUUUUCCUUCGCUCUCCCCUUUUACCAGAGUAUGAACUAUUUGAAAGUCAUGUAAUUGAGGGCUUCUAGCUUUAGUUGAUGAGAUUUGUAAGCAUUUUUACUUUCUCCUGUCGUAGUUUUGAGGGAAGAAAAAAGUUUGGCGAUUGUGGAGGGGUGGUUUCAGUUUAGGACUUCUGGUGCAUGAUGUUACUAGUUACCAGCAUGUUAUUGAUAUCAUAAAGCAUCAUGGUGAUGUAAUUUCAACA